UACGAUUCGCUUGCCGUCUCCGUCUCUUCCCCCAACAAGACAAGUCUCCUUCCUUAUAUAUAAUAUUCAAACUCUCCCUCCUUCCCAAUCCCCACCAACCCAAACACCUUCUCCUCUCCCUAAGCUUCUUCCCUUAUCACGUCACCGCCACCAAUGGGCUCGCUCUCCGCUCACGAAGGAGGCGUAUUGCCGUAUCCCCCCGCGCGCAGGGACGAGUCCGUCGUCGAUGAUUACCACGGCGUCCAGGUCUCCGACCCAUACCGAUGGUAAUGAGUGGAUGCUUUCUGAUCAUAUUGUCUGUAUUUUUUCCCAGUUGCAUUCUACCUGUUUGUGGAAAAGCGGCACAGAAGGAAAAAACUUGUUGUUUGUGUGUGUUUUGUUUUGGUAGGCUGGAGGAUCCUGAUUCGGAGGAGACCAAGGCGUUCGUGGAAAAGCAGGUGGAGCUGGCGGAUUCUGUGCUGGAGACGUGCGAGUUGAGGGAGAAGUUGAAGGGGAAGAUUACGAAGCUGUUCGACCACCCGCGCUACGAUGCGCCGUCGAGGCGUGGGGACAAGUACUUCUACUUCCACAACACCGGCCUUCAGCCCCAGAGCGUCCUCUACGUUCAGGACGGUUUACAAGGAGAGGCAGAGGUGUUGCUUGAUCCGAAUGCGCUGAGCGACGACGGCACAGUAUCGCUUGGCCCGUUUUCAGUGAGCGAGGAUGGGAAUUACCUGGCUUACGGGCUUAGCUCAAGUGGCAGUGAUUGGAUAACCAUCAAGGUCAUGCGAGUUGAGGACAAGACAGUUGAGGAAGACACGAUUUCAUGGGCAAAGUUUACUGGCAUCAGUUGGACACACGACAACAGAGGGUUCUUCUACAGCCGUUACCCUGCUCCCAAAGAUGGAGAGAAGCUAGAUGCUGGAACAGAGACCAACAUCAACCUGUAUCAAGAAUCGUAUUACCAUUUCUUGGGAACGGAUCAAGCAGAGGAUAUUCUGUGCUGGAGGGAUCAAGAAAACCCCAAGCACCGAUUCGACGCAACGGUCGCAGACGAUGGAAAGCAUCUUCUCCUCUACACCCACGAAGGUUGCGAUCCGGUCAACAAAGUCUACUACUGUGACAUCUCUGCACUCCCUGGACCUGGUGGACUACACGGUUUCAAGGAAUCAAACAACGGUACGGAUCUCCUCCCUUUCAUCAAGCUCGUCGACGACUUCGAUGCCAAGUACGCAGCCGUAGCAAACGACGGGACGGCGUUCACUUUCCUGACGAACAAGGACGCUCCUCGAUACAAGCUGGUCCGGGUCGACUUGACCGACCCGAGUUCAUGGGCAGAUGUCGUCCCGGAGUCAGACAAGGACGUGUUGGAGAUAGCACGUGCCGUUGAUGGCGAGAAAUUGGUACUGAGUUACCUGAGUGACGUCAAGAGUGUGUUGCAGGUCAGGGAGCUUAAGACAGGGGAGUUUCUGCAUCAGCUGCCUGUUGAUAUUGGUACCGUGACUCGGGUUUCUGCUAGGAGACAGGACGGUGUGGCGUUUAUAGGGUUUACGAGCUUUCUUUCCCCUGGAAUCAUCUACCAGUGUGAUUUGGGUUCGGGGGUCCCGGAAAUGAAGGUGUUUCGGGAGAUCCACGUCGCUGGAUUCGAUCGCUCAGAGUUCCAAGGGAAGCAAGUUUUCGUUACAAGCAAGGACGGCACCAAGUUCCCAAUCUUCAUCGGGUCGAAGAAGGGCAUCAAACUGGACGGGUCGAACCCGUGCUUGCUGUACGGCUACGGCGGGUUCACCGUCAGCAUCACGCCGGCUUUCAGCGUGAGCCGGGUAGCUUUGGCCAAGCAUUUAGGCGCCGUGUUCUGCAUCGCCAACAUCCGCGGCGGUGGAGAGUACGGCGAGGAGUGGCACAAGGCAGGGUCGCUGGCCAAGAAGCAGAACGUCUUCGAUGACUUCAUCUCUGCCGGCGAGUACCUCGUGUCACACGGAUAUACCCGGCCGGGGAAGCUCUGCAUUGAAGGCGGCAGCAACGGCGGCCUCCUCGUCGGAGCCUGCGUAAAUCAGAGGCCGGAUUUGUUCGGCUGCGCUCUGGCGCAUGUUGGUGUCAUGGACAUGCUGCGGUUCCACAGGUUCACAAUAGGUCAUGCUUGGACUACUGACUUUGGCUGUUCAAACGAGGAAGAAGAGUUCCAUUGGCUGAUCAAGUAUUCUCCACUCCACAAUGUGAGGAGACCAUGGGAAGCAUGCCCCGAUGUUCAGUACCCUGCGACCAUGUUGCUGACGGCCGAUCACGACGAUCGGGUCGUUCCAUUGCACUCUCUCAAGCUGUUGGCGACGUUGCAGUAUCUUCUGUGCACCAGCUUGGAGAACAGUCCACAAACCAACUCCAUCAUCGGCCGGAUCGACAGGAAGUCCGGCCAUGGCGCCGGACGUCCAACUCAGAAAAUGAUUGAUGAAGCGGCGGAUCGGUAUGGUUUCAUGGCGAAGAUGGUGAAUGCCACGUGGACCGAGUAGGAGGACAAACAAAAGAGCUUCCCCUAAGUAGUUGUUGAUCUCGUUAAUGUCUACCUUGUGGUUUACUGGUUUAUACCAUCGGAAGGAACGAUAGCUCUUGUAAUUUACACGGCCUGUUCAUGCAACAACAACAUACGUCGAUGGUAAAAGGCUUUAGUAGACAAACAAACUAGCUUUUAGAUCCUGUACUUUAUAUUUUUUCUUUAUUAUGUAAAAUUUAUGAGUACAUGUGAUAAUACCUAAAUUAUAUAUUUGCUAUUGAUUGUUACAGUAUAUAUUUACUUCAAAAAUAGCAACAGUGAAAAGUUCCAAUAAUCUAUCAAGUU